GUUGAGCCCAUGUGGCGCAAAGGAGCGAAGAGAGAAGAUUAAUCCCUGUUCACGGCGCAAACGGGAGUCCGGAUGGCCCCUGUACAUGGACAAUCCAAACACAGACAGGUGUUGCUGCAAGGAGUGGCCGGCAGAACGGAAGUGGCGUUAUGAUUAAAGUAAAAUGACCAUAAUCAGUAUAAGAUAAUGAACUGAUCGCAUUUGAUCAUAGACUAACAGAAUAAUAUGCUGUAAAGGUAACAUUUCACAUCCUAUAACCAUCUCGUCAAUAAUAUUAAUAUGCUAAUACCUACGUGCAUACGUACGUACCUGUGGUGUGUUGAAAGAAAGACGUAAAAAGGGAGAAAUAAAACUUGUUAAGCAGAGGAAGUAUAGUUGAAGUGAGAGGCAAAGCGGCAAAAAGGAGGGAAUAAUAUAUAUUUAACGAAAUCAUGUGUAUAGGAAUACAACUGUAAUCUACCAGCUGGAAUUUAUGCAAGGGCUCACUUGAAUAAAUCGAGUUGACUACUCCGUUAGGAUUUAUAUUAUGAUGCCGUAGGUAUGAUUAACAAGUAUUAUUCUCUCAGUUGUGUAAACCUGGUUCUGACACAGUAUGAACUAAUGUAAACCAUCAUAUUUUGAUCCAGUGAAACAUUUUAUCUGGCGUCCUACCAAUUCUGCCAUCCACUAUCUUUCUACUCAGAAGUAAUAUUUAAGAAACACGGAAAAGAAAACCAAAGAAAAGAAAGAAUAAACAAAGACAGAAACGAACAAGAUGAAGCCUUCUCAGAUUGAUGUCGAUGGAAUUAUGACUUCUUUGGGAGAUUCCAAAUAUUUCCACACCACUCAAUACAUAAUACUUUGUAUUCCUAUACUUUUAGUGUCAACUAACAGCUUCUUCUACGUAUACUUUGCCACCACACCUGAAUACAGAUGUAAUAAUCUGACAGAGUUUCAGAUCAGUCAAUACAACAUAUCGAUCAAUGAAGAAGACAAUCUAAUAUAUGAUAAGUGCUCCAUAGACAUCAUCAAUACGAAUGGAGAGGUUACAGGUGAAAACCGAACCCUGGACUGUCUGAAUGGUUAUUAUUACACCACACCAGUUGAUAGAUCUAUAGUGUCACAGUGGGAUCUGGUCUGUAACAAAGAAGGAUUGGCUGAAUCUACCCAAAUAUUUUAUAUCGUGGGUCAAAUGAUUAGUGGUUUAAUAUCACCUUAUUUGAUUGAAAGAUUUGGACGGAAACCUGUGAGAGUGUCAAGCAGUGCCUUGUUGAUAAUCUUCAACUUAUUCGGUGCGUUUUCGCCAUUCUACCCCUUGUUUGCAGCCAUGAGAUUUUUCAAUGGAAUACUAAGAGAGGCAUUUCUUCUUAGCUCUACAACUUUGGUUUGUGAAUUAUACCCCAAAGAAAAGCGUAUCAUUAUGUCUGGUAUAUUUAUGAAUGUCUGGAGUUUCUGCAAUUGUCUUGUCGGGUUCAUAGCCUAUAUGUUGAAGGAUUACAGUUGGAACACGUUAUUCCUAUUUAACGCUGCCCUCUCGGGAUAUUUUAUUGUGGAUUUCAUUUUCCUGCAGGAAUCUGUGCGGUGGUUAAUUGCCACUUCGAAAAUAAAUGCAGCUGAGAAGAUUGUCAAAAAAGCAGCUAAACAAAACAAAGUUGACUUUGACACUGUUUGGCAUAUUGCUUUAAAAGAUACUUCAACACAACAAGCAUCUAGUCCUGUGAACGAAACUAAUCUCGACGGCCGAAACUGUGAGUCUAAUGUCGAAGCAAACGUCAAAACAGUUGUCGAUCAUUCACAACUAGAAGUUGAAAAAGAAGCUCCAUUGUUAGUAAAAUUGCUUGUCAUCUUCAAGUCAUCCUAUCUGAGGAAAGUUACCAUCGUUAUGUCUAUAUCAUGGGCGGUAGACCUAACAUCAUCAAACAGUAUUAUGCUAAUGUCGGAGGCUCUUGGUGAGAGUGUUUAUAUCGUCUACCCUACGAUAUGUUUACUGGAAAUUUUUACUAAUAGUCUAUACGCUUUUUCAGCGAAAAGAUUUGGUCACAAAGUAACUCUGGAAUGUUUCAAGUCAUUUUCGACCGUCUGUGUUAUGACCGCAUCGCUGAUAAAACUUCUGGCAGAGCAAAGCGAGACAAUGAAAUACCUCUGCUUGGCAUUGUUUAUUCUUACUGGUUCUACACUAAAUGGUGCCUCCAGUGGUGAUAUCAUUUACAUUUCGGAAUUAUUUCCCACAGAAAUACGAAGUGCCGGAACUGGUUUUACCACGAUUUUCAUUCGAAUCGUAGGCUUGUCAUCACCUUUCUUCAGACUAUUGGUUUUGAAUAUUCCAUGGGCUCCCGGUAUUAUCAUAGGAACUGGAUGUGUAAUUUCUUCCAUUUUACUUCAUAUAUAUUUACCAGAAACAGGAAACCGUGCGUUACCACAGAAAAUUGAAGAUGUAAUUUGAUUCAAAGAUACUGGGCUGAAAGUUUAUAUCAUUUAAGAAAUGUAGACAAUAUUGCAUUUAUAAAUUACUUGAUGCGUUGACAAUACAUUGUAUCAAUGCUAUAAUGUACUAUACGGUGUAUCUAUAGACUUUAGCUAGUACCGUAUAUAGUAAACAAAUAUAACUAUGUUGUCUUCAUAUUUUUUGUCUGUAUUUAAAAGAAAUAUAGACAAAAUUUCGUAUAUGAUUCAUUUGUGCUUAUUUAGAACAUAAAAUAAGAACUACAUGUUGGAAUUCAUGCUUUUCCGCUCUUAUUCUAAAUAUGCUGGUCUUAAGGACUGUUUUAACCAAUUACAUACAUUCAUGCAAGUCGAUCCCACUUGGAUUUACUGCAUAAUGGAGUUUAAAGACAUGUAAAUAAUUAAAUUUCGUAGAUUCUUUCGUUAACGGCUAUUUGUUCAUUAAGAUCUUAAUUGCGGUAGAUUUAAUUUUUAAUGUUUGUAUACAACUGUUCUCUAUAGAUAUAUCUCUGUCCAUGAUGGUAAUGGACAAGGCAUUUAUAUCUAUCUACCACAUCUAAAACUUAUAAGAUAUAUUCUCUAGUAUAUAACAGUAUAAUAAAAGUAUAGUAAAAGUGAUGAAUGAUCGCAUAUUAAUCCAUCGACAAGCUAUUGGUAGAUGUUGAUACCAUCAAGAACAACAGUUCAACUAUUUUUGCCAAGGAACCUCUUUGAUUGCCAUUUUACCAUAAAUAUAUCGUGUUUAAAAAAUAGUUUUAAAGAAAUUUCUUUCGAACUUCCUAUUUUGUUUUCCAAACAUUCACUGAAAUAUCAGAGAAGAAUAACCUCGUUGUUUCUUGCAAUAAAUUCAUCAAAAGCAAAACAUUUUCAUGAACUUCUAAAAUACUACCCUGGACCGCCAAUUUACUAUUUUGUUUGCGUGGAGCACCCUCCCCAAUCUUAUUGGAACAUCAGGGGUCAUAUGGACCCCAGUUGAGAACCACUGACCCAGAAUAAAAUGUACUAGAGUUUAUGAAGUAUUAUGAGGCUUAGCUGUGCUAUUACUAGCUCGCUUUGCAAAGACGUGGUUUCAUGCCCAGUCCCAUCGUGCAAGCCUGUGCUGCUAUAGCCUCGGUCGACCAAUGUCUUGUGAAUAAAUUUAAACAACACAAUUAGCGUGGAAUCCCGUCGCGUUCACUUUU